AUGGCCACAGCAUCAGUAUCAACGCCACUCAAGUCCCACAAGGGACUUUUCUCCUCCCGUACCGCCGGCGGACGGAUGCCUCUCACGCCUUCGCCAAGGCAGUCGACGUCGAGCGCUGCCGUCAACGCGAGCUCAUCGCCGUACACGCCCGAGGGCCGUCAGGGGAACGCAGCACCAAAGUCGACAUACGGUGGUAACUUGAUGGCGCAUCUUACCCGAUCCGCGUCCAAGCCUACCCAUCGGGAAUCCCCAAAGUCCAACAUCGCCCGCGUCGUCCAGACUCCCCGGAAAGCCCUCGAGCUGGGCGUGUCCGACUUCGCCCUCACGGGAACCGGCAAGACGCCUUCCAGUGCCAAGUCAAAGAAGGCUCCUUUGCGCCAAAAGACACAGAAAACGACCGUCAGCUACAGCGGUGACCGCUUCAUCCCCAAUAGGGCCGCGAGCUCGGCCAUCUCAAACGCUGGCUCUAGCAAGCUGAGCGCCGGCGACCGCCAACGACCCAAGAGCCGAGAUGCCGACAGCUCCUCAGUCCUUUCGACUGCCGCCGAUGAUGCUGCGGCUGCUCUUGAGAGCUUGAACAUCAAUGAUGAGGAGGAGGCAGACAGCUACACACGACCCUCUCCCAACACGGUGGCCUACCAGGACUCUCUUGCCAAUGCAUGCGGCGUCAGCUUGAACACUCGAAUCCUCGAGUUCAAGCCUGCGCCCCCCGAGUCCUCCAAGCCUAUCGACCUGCGUCAGCAGUACAACCGACCUCUCAAGUCUGCGACCACGAAUUCGGCCCAGCUUCGCCGUCGGAUUGCCACCGCCCCCGAGCGUGUUCUUGACGCCCCUGGCUUAAUCGAUGAUUACUAUCUGAACCUGCUCGACUGGAGCUCCGGCAACCAGGUCGCGAUUGGACUUGAGCGCAGUGUUUACGUCUGGUCUGCCGACGAGGGCAGCGUCAGCUGCUUGCUCGAGAGCCCUGCUGAUACAUAUGUCAGCAGUGUCAAGUGGUCCGAUGAUGGCGCUUAUGUCGGCGUCGGCCUUGGCACAGGCGAGGUUCAGAUUUGGGACGUUGCCGAGGGUCAGAAGAUCCGAAGCAUGUUUGGCCAUGACACCCGCGUUGGUGUCAUGGGCUGGAGCAAGCAUCUGCUCUCCACCGGCGCACGCAGCGGCCUGGUUUUCAACCACGAUGUCCGCGUUGCCGAGCACAAGGUUGCUGAGCUCGUUUCGCACACCUCCGAGGUCUGUGGUCUGGAGUGGCGAUCCGACGGUGCUCAGCUCGCUACUGGCGGCAAUGACAACCUCGUCUCUAUCUGGGAUGCUCGGUCUCUGUCGGUGCCCAAGUUUACCAAGACCAACCACAAGGCUGCCGUCAAGGCCCUCGCUUGGUGCCCCUGGAAUAUGAACCUGUUGGCUACCGGUGGCGGCUCUUACGACCGCCACAUUCACUUCUGGAACUCCACGUCUGGUGCUCGCGUCAACAGCAUCGACACUGGCUCUCAGGUCACGUCGCUUCGCUGGAGCCCUCACUACCGCGAGAUUGUCAGCUCCAGUGGCUUCCCGGACAACUCCCUCAGCAUCUGGAGCUAUCCUACUCUGGUGCGCAAUGUCGAGAUCCCUGCCCACGAGAGCCGUGUCCUGCACAGCUCCCUGAGCCCAGACGGCCAGAUGCUUGCCACAGCCGCUGCCGACGAGAGUCUCAAGUUCUGGAAGGUCUUUGAGAAGAAGGCCGGAGCCGCUGGUGUCGUUGGCGGUACUGGGGCUUCGAGCAAGGCCAACAUGGUCAAGCAGAUGACCAUCCGAUAA